GGUUAAACUUAUAUGUCAAAGUGAUAAACAAUUUUGUAUUUUGAUAAAUAAGUGAUACUUUGUUAAAAAAUGCACGAAGCUUACACAGUUUCUUCAUUACUGAAGGUUACGUACCAAAUAGAAUCGUUAGCAGCUUACGAUGAUAAUCUGCUCAUUGGAACUAGACAGGGGCAUUUAUGCAUGUAUAGUUUACUCAAAAACGAUGAUAAAUGCGAAGUUCAAUUAAUGAGAUACAAUAAAACGUUCAGCAAAAAAGCUGUGCAACAAUUGGAAGUUAUAUCAGAUAAUAAUCUACUUAUUAGUUUAACAGAUAAUUUAGUUCAGGUACAUGAUCUUAAUGCUAUUCAUUUUACUACGUUGCAUCAAGUUCAAAAAUCCAAGGGUGCUACAUUUUUUACGAUUAACAUUAAGAAACAAAUAUCCUUAACAGGAGAAGUAACAAAUUUAGUUCGUAUGGCUGUUGCUGUUAAAAGAAAAAUUCAAUUGUACUAUUUGAAGAAUAACGAGUUCUUGCCCUUAAUGAAUGAUAUUAAUUUAAACGACAUUCCUAAAUCUAUGGUGUGGUGUCAAGAAGCCAUUUGCAUAGGAUUUAAAGGAGAAUAUGCAUUAUUAGAGUUAGGUGGAAAACAAACCGAUCUUUUCCCAACCAGUAGUACAAGGUCUAACGAACCAUGCAUGGUUAAAGUCUCUGAUACUACUUUUGCUUUGUGUAGAGAAUCACAGACUGUAUUAGUUAACGUAAAUGGUGAAACGGAAAGAAAUAAAGCACUAAGAUGGUCCGAUGUGCCUGUAAUGCUAGCGUGGGACGAGCCUUAUGCUUUAGGAAUUCUAACAGAUUCUGUAGAGGUGUUGACUUUGGAACCGAGUAUUUUGGUCCAAACAUUAACUGAUCUACCAAAAGUAAGGUUCAUUGUAUCUUCUCAGAAACAGGGCCUGCUUUAUGCCGCUUCCAUUAGUCAAUUUUGGUGCAUCCAAGCGGUAGAUAUAGCUAAACAAAGGGAAGUGCUUGUGAAUGCCAAGCAAUUUCAACUGGCAUUAAAUUUAACUCAAAUAUCAAAGGAAUCUGAAGAUGAAAAACGUGAAAAAAUCCAUCAUAUUCAAACUCUCUUAGCGUACGAUUUAUUCCACAGAAAGCAAUUUCACGAAAGUAUGAAAGAGUUUUUGAAGUUAGGCACUGAUGCUUACGAUGUUAUCAGAUUGUUUCCCGAUUUAUUGCCCCAACAACAACAAGGGAUCGACGUUCCUGAGCCAGUCAGAGAUUUGACAGAAAAGGAACUUGAAACUAGCCGAUUAGCUUUGAUUGAUUAUUUAACGGAAAUAAGGCGUAUUAAAUCAUCUGAUACGUCACAACCUAACAUUAAUGCUACAGGCAAUCUUAAUGAGAAACAGUCGAGCAAGUCAAUUAAUCAACUGCUUCAAAUAAUCGAUACCACUUUGCUGAAAUGCUACCUGCAAACCAAUGAUGCUCUGGUAGCUCCUCUGUUGCGUCUGAACCACUGCCACUUAAUAGAAACCGAGAAAGUAUUAAAAAAAAUGGGCAAGCAUAACGAAUUGAUAAUAUUGUACCAGACAAAAGGGCAGCACAGAAGGGCUUUGGAAUUAUUGCAGUCUGAAGGCAGCAUUGAUAGGACUAUAAAUUACCUGCAACAUCUUGGUGCUGAAAAUAUGGGACUGAUUUUGGAGUUUUCUGAUUGGGUGCUCUCUGAGUCACCCGAAGAAGGAUUGAAAAUAUUCACGGAAGAUAUCGUAGAAGUAGAGUCGUUGCCGAGACCAAGAAUUCUGGAUUUCCUCCUAAAAUCGCACAAAUCUGUGGUAAUACCAUACUUAGAGCACGUUGUCCAUACAUGGGAAGACACUAAUCCUCUAUUUCACAACGCUCUUAUUCACCAAUACCGAGAAAAAAUCGUCAACGAAGGUCCCGCCUCUUCUGAACACACUAGAAAAAAAUUGCUGCAAUUUUUAGAGAGCAGUAAACAGUACACUUCAGAAAAUAUUUUAAGCAGCUUCCCAACUGAUAUUCUCUUAGAGGAGAGGGCCGUGGUUUUGGGAAGAUUAGGAAAAGACGAACAGGCCCUGACUAUUUAUGUCAGAGCAUUAGGCGACAUACAGAAAGCUGAAAAUUAUUGUAAAAAAGUUUACGAGAAAAAUUUACCUGGAUGUCAAAGUGUGUAUGUUUCUCUUAUAAAACUUGUUCUGAACCCGGACAGUUGCCCUUUAUCGCUACCCGGUCUUAAUUUUUCCCCUAAGACGGCUCAACCCGAUCUGGAAUUGGCUUUACGGCUUCUCGAAGAGCAUGCUAAUCACAUGAAUCCCUUAGAAGCUUUGGCGAUACUACCCGAUAGCGUUCCUGUAUCUAGAAUCCACAAAUUUUUGUUAGUAUCUCUACAACAAGUUGUACAAGAACGCAGGAACAUGCAACUUAUGAACGGGCUCCUUUACGCUGAACAUUUGCAAUUCCAGGAGCAAAAAUUGACAUUACAGAGUCAACACGUGUUGGUUACGGAUUUGAAUGUUUGCCCGGUGUGCAAGAAGAGAUUUGGAAAUCAAAGUGCUCUAGUGAGGUAUCCAAAUGGAGAUGUGGUUCACUAUUCUUGUCAGGACAAAAAGUAGUUAGGGUGCUUAACUUGUAAAAAAGAGUUUAUUUUAUCUAUCUAUUAUUUUAUUUAUCUCACAUGUAUAGAGUGGUUUAUUAUUGCAUUAAAGUAAAAUCAUAAGUAUUAUUGAGAGCAACAUAAGUCCCUGAUUCAUAAAACCAAUAUGUGUAACGCAACAUAAGGCGAAUUAUGUUGAUCAAAAUGUACUUAUGUAUUAUUAUAAUAUAUGGUAUAUUACACUUUUUAAUCUUGU